AUGUCCUCCGACGACCUAACCAUCGCCCGCAUCGACGUCUUCCACCUCGACCUCCCCUACUCGGGCGGCCUCUACCGCCUCUCCAACAACCGCCACUACACAACCUUCGACGCCACCCUCGUCCGCAUCACCACGCACAACGGCCUCGAAGGCUGGGGCGAAAGCACCCCCUUCGGCUCCACCUACAUCGCCUCCCACGCCCUCGGCGUCCGCGCCGGCAUCGCCGAGAUCGCGCCCAAGCUCCUCGGCCUCGACCCGCGCCGCGUCGACCGCGUCAACGACGCCAUGGACGCCGCGCUCGCCGGCCACGAGCACGCGAAGACCGCGCUUGACAUUGCGUGCUGGGACGUCUUUGGCAAGGCGGUCGGCAUGCCUGUCUGCGAGCUGCUUGGCGGUCGCACGGGGGACGCGAUGCCGAUCAUCACGUCGAUAGGCGUGGAUGAGCCGGAGGCGAUGCGCGGCCGUGUGGCGGAGUACAGGGCGAAGGGAGCGAAAGGCCACUCGAUUAAGAUUGCGGGUGAUGAGCCUGCGGCCGACGCGGCGCGCAUUGCGGCGGCGCUCGCGGACAAGCGGCCGGGCGAGUUCUUUCUUGUUGACGCGAACGGCGGACUGACUGUUGAAUUUGCACUUCGCAUGCUUAAGCUGCUGCCGCGUGGAUUGGAUUUUGUCUUGGAGAGUCCCUGCGCGACGUGGCGGGAGAAUGUCUCGCUCAGGCGCAGGACCGACGUACCCAUCAUCUUCGACGAGCUCGCGACGGACGACGCGUCCAUCGUGCAGCUUGUUGCUGAGGAUGGAGCGGAUGGUAUUGGGCUCAAGAUUUCCAAAGCGGGCGGUCUCACGAGGAGCCGUCGCCAGCGGGACAUUUGCAUUGCUGCGGGCUAUACCAUCAGUGUACAGGACACGGUUGGGUCGGACAUUGCAUUUGCGGCAAUUGUGCAUUUGGGUCAGACUGUGCCGAAGCGCUACCUGCGGUGCGUUUUGGAGUGCCGGGACAUGGUUACGCUCAAGACGGCGGAUGGAGACUUUCCCGUCCGUGACGGCCAUGUAGUGGCGCCGAGUGCUCCGGGGCUCGGGAUCGCGCCUCGCAUGGAUGUGCUGGGGGAGCCUGUGGCUAGCUACUUUUAG